AGUUUUGCCAGAGCCACGGCCUUGUUAGCACGCUCUUAUCAUCCCCUAUUAACUAGGCGCCUGUUUGUUGCUCAUUUACCACUCGAAUGUACAACAUUCCAGCGUUGUGUAUGCAAUCCGGACGCGACACGCGCUAUAAUUUGGUGUAAACAUUCCUCCCACACUUCAGGGGGAUGUUGGGUAUUUUUGCAUGAAAUGAGCGUGAAAACAGUGAUAAGCAAUUGACCUAUAUUUAAGCUCCAGUUCGCGGAAAAAAAGUAUCUGGAGGUGUGUGACAAAUGAGGUGGAAUUUUGGUGACAUCAGGUGAACCGAUCUCUGGGAUAAUUAUAGUCCAUGCUGACAUGGUGAUUGUGCGAGGAUCGAAAGUGUGAAUAUGUCCACGGCUUUCCUCGUCGAUAACAUCCUCAAUGACAAGGACGAUCAGCCGGAUUCGCUGGUGUCGGAUACUGAAUCGGAGAGUACGUCGACAGACCUGAAAGACUCUCUGUGUGACUCACCCACUCGUUCAGAGAUGCAGUUGAGUCAGCAGCCUGAGGAGCGUCUCAGUCUGCCCGAGGAUCUCCUCAGGACCUACACAAUGCUCAAUGGGCGGAUGACCAUUGAGGUCUGUUGCGCCAAAUGUGGUCACUUCACGCGGCGCUCCAUGGACAGUGAUGUGGAAUUUAAGUGUGAGAAGUGCGGCGCGGCGGAGUUUGUCAAUGACAAAGAGACCAUCCUCAAGGAAACCGCUAAGCCGGUGCUUAAGUUUAGUGUAUCUGCGAUCUUAGGUGAUAAGAAGGACUGUGUCAAAGUUAGAAAUGAAUUCAUCCAACCGCAUAUCUGGCCUUACAUUCAACAUAAUUUAAUCCACCACAACCAAUUAGCAAAUCCCGGCUUCCUCGUGAAUGGCAAUCAGCAGCAGCAUAUCGUGGUGGGUGGCGAGGGAGACCCUCACCAGUUGACCCACGCCCCACCGCAUCAGAAUGGGCUUCAGCAUCCGACCAAUGGAACGGAUGGGGAUGAAGCGCGCCUUCAGCAUUCACGCGACAACAAAGUCAUCGCGAAGCCGCUGGCUAGUCGUCCGGCACCCUUCCUUCACCAUGGCCUCAACCACCCGCACUUGCACUCCCUUCUGGCACACUGUCGAAAUCCCUACAUGGGAGGUGGCAGUGGUCCCCAGGUGUUUCCCCUACCUCCGGGUCAGGGUUUCCCGUGGGCACACUCCACACGAGGAAAGCCACGACGGGGGAUGAUGCGGAGAGCAGUGUUUUCAGACUCUCAGCGGAAGGGCCUCGAAAAGCGAUUUCAGAUGCAGAAGUACAUCAGUAAACCGGACAGGAAAAAAUUGGCUGAACGUUUGGGACUCAAAGAUUCUCAGGUGAAAAUUUGGUUCCAGAAUCGUCGAAUGAAAUGGCGCAAUUCAAAGGAGCGGGAGUUACUGGCCAGUGGUGGUUCUCGGGAUCAGACGCUGCCCAACAAGAACAACCCCAAUCCCGAUCUUUCCGAUGCUCGUUGCGAUCGCACAAACUCUCUGUCUCCACCUUCCUCACCCCUCGACGCCACUCACCAGGCAUCCCCACCAAAGGCUCCCAUUGGAGAUGCUCUGAAGCCCAAAUUCGAGAUGGCUCCGAAAUCUCCAGCCACAGAUUCCGGUGAUGGGUUUAAGUUUGAUUUUGGGGAAGAGAGUCGUCAGCAGAGACCUCAAGUUUUUGGUGGAUUCUAUGAGCAGGGCGAUGGAUCAGGAUACAAUGGAUCAGCACCUGCUCUCUCCGAAGCUGGUGAUGACAAGACCAAGAUGUCCUCCUUCUACGAUGAGUAUGAAUCCCAUUCCGACAGCGACGAAGAGAUUAAUGUAACGUGACUGACUUAAGACUUAAUCCAGAAAAAAAGUGUGUUUUCUUGCGUGGAAAUUGGAAUUCUUUGCACAAUACUUGCUUAAGACGUUACCUCUGAUCUUUGACAUUAUACCAAAUACCAUUUCCAAAUGAAAGCUCAUUCAAUCUUAUUUGUGGGAAAAUUAUGGAAAAAAAUGUAAUAAGAAAUUCCCACGAAAAUUUUAGCCCCAGAGAUAAUAAAAGACAGCCAAAGUAGAGAUUUGUAGGAAGGAAAACAUCGAACAUUUAACAGUUUAUUUUGUACAUAAUGGAAAAAUAUAUAUUAUCAAUGUGUCUUGUAAAUAAAGAAAUGAAAUAAAUGUACAA